AUGGGACCGUCCUCCGAAAAGAGUCAAUUGAAACGUGGCAGGCAUUCGACCGAAGAACCUGAUCCAGAACUAAAGAAACCCCGUCGAUCUGAACGGAACCAAAAUCACAAUGAGACCACUCCAAUUGCUCAUAAAUCCCAUCUGCCAUCUCCUGUGACCCACCAUGAGACCAGCAGCACCGUCGGAGACCGUCGCGAUCAUGUAAAGGAGAUUUCAAAAGAAGCUACACUUACACCUCCGGACAGCCAGCCUGGCUCUCCGCCCUCUGAUACACAGGUCUUAUCUCAAUUUAUAUAUCCACCGCGGGCAGCUUCCGCUGAAGUUGAAGACGAGGAUGCCGAGGGCGUUUGGGGCUACCUAAUCCCUCUCGACGCUAAUUGUGGUGAUGUCCUAGUACUGCAGAGCCGGACUGCAUGCCCAAAGCCUGUCGAGAACUCCGGCUUUGGCCGCGGGGCCGGAGAGCGGUCAAGAGGAGCUGGUCGGAAUUACAACCAAGAAGAAAAGCAGUUUGAAGAAGAGAAGAGAGAACAUGGCCCAGUCGCGAGCGGUUAUCUCAUUGGACGGCACCCGGAAUGUGAUCGUGUCAUCUCCCACGAAUCCGUCUCGAAUCGCCACUGCUUGAUAUUUCGAGAAAACAAACAUGGUGGAGCCGUUGCCAUUCUGGAAGAUCUUUCCAGCAACGGAACCUUUGUCAACGAGGCUCUUGUGGGCAGAAACAAGAGAAGGGAACUCGAAGAAGGUGACGAGAUCUCGAUUCUUGGAGAAGCGCGUUUUAUUUUCCGUUAUUCGAGGAAUCGGAAUACCAAUGCGUUUCGACAGAAAUACACUAUUGUGGAGCAGCUGGGCAAAGGCCAUUUCGCCAUUGUCUAUUUAUGUGUUGAAAAAGAGACUGGUCACCGAUAUGCAGUAAAGAAAUUUGAGAAGCGUCCCGGACAGGCAGAGAAAACAAAGACCGAGGGAUUACAUCAAGAGAUUGCGGUGUUGAUGAGCGUCAGCCACCCAAAUAUGUUAUGUCUGAAAGACACAUUUGACGAAGAUGACGGUGUUUAUCUCGUUGUCGAGCUUGCUCCGGAAGGAGAGCUCUUCAACUGGAUUGUUAUGAGACAAAAGUUCACUGAACCGGAGACCCGGAAAGUUUUUAUACAGUUAUUCCAGGGCGUCAAGUAUCUGCACGAACGUAAUAUCGUCCAUCGGGAUAUCAAGCCAGAAAACAUUCUGGUGGUAGACAAGAAUCUCACAGUCAAGCUCGCAGACUUUGGUUUGUCCAAGAUUAUAGGAGAGGAAUCCUUCACUACUACACUCUAUGUUGCGCCCGAGAUCCUUGAACAAUCCAAUCAUCGAAAAUACACAAAAGCCGUCGAUGUUUGGUCGUUGGGCGUUGUUCUCUACAUUUGUCUUUGUGGAUUCCCUCCGUUCUCGGAUGAGCUUUACACUUCGGAGAACCCUUAUACCUUGGCUCAGCAGAUUAAAAUGGGGCGUUUCGAUUAUCCUUCGCCUUACUGGGAUUCAGUCGGCGAUCCUGCCCUAGACCUCAUCGAUCGAAUGCUUACCGUGGACGUUGAGAAACGGUACACCAUUGAGGAUUGUCUUGCACAUCCCUGGAUUACUGAAAAGGAUGUCAACCCACAUGACAGCACCGACGGUCUCACUGGUGCUCUUGACGGUCUAGACUUUUCCAAACGGAAAGUAGAACGUCAGCGUACGCUGCUCAGCAACCUUAAUGAUGUCAAGGUUUCUCGUGUCAUUCAGAUUCAAACAAACAAGUCACCUAUCAAAGUGUACGAAAAGAAUCCCAACACGCAGAAUGGUGAAAUUCACGCACCCAAGGAGGGUCCAGCUGUGCCGAAAGCAGACCCCACUACCAAGGAGGAAGCUCCGGCAGCGCAUCACAAGAACGUGUUUGAAAUUGCGAGUUUUGGAUUUUCCGGUCCGAGGCGCAACACCAUGGGUGUCUUCGCUGGCAUUGCUGGCCCUCUUGCCAAUCAUCUGGCACAGGCGUCGACGCCUGUAUUGGUGGCCGCGGGCGCAUCUGCCUUCAUCGUUCUCUCAAUCGUGCUCAAUGUUCUCAACCAACUGCUCUUCAAGGAUCCUAAUACGCCGCCGCUGGUCUUCCACUGGAUCCCUUUCAUUGGCAGCACCGUGACCUAUGGCAUGGAACCUAUCAAGUUCUUCCAGUCAAACCGUGCAAAGUAUGGCGAUGUUUUCACCUUCGUCCUCCUGGGCAAGAAGACGACAGUCUGCCUUGGCCGACAGGGCAACGAUCUUGUCCUGAACGGCAAGCUCAAGGACGUCAACGCCGAGGAGAUUUAUAGCCCCUUGACUACGCCUGUCUUUGGCAAGGAUGUUGUAUACGACUGCCCGAACUCCAGACUCCUUGAGCAGAAGAAGUUUGUCAAGUUCGGACUCACAACAGAGGCUUUCCGCUCCUACGUACCGCUCAUCGUGAACGAAGUCGUCGAAUACGUCAACCGUUCCCCACAAUUCCAAGGCAACAAGGGAACUUGCGAUGUCUCCCGAACCAUGGCUGAAAUUACCAUCUACACCGCAUCUCGUUCGCUGCAAGGCAAGGAAGUGCGAGACCGAUUCGAUUCUAGCUUCGCAGACCUGUACCACGAUUUGGACAUGGGCUUCACACCCAUCAACUUUAUGCUUCCGUGGGCCCCUCUCCCUCGAAACCGCAAGCGAGACGCGGCGCACCACAAGAUCUCAACCACGUACAUGGAAAUCAUCAAGGCUCGCCGCGAAGCGCUCAAGGACGGCGGCAAGCCCGACUCGGAAGACAUGAUCUGGAACCUGAUGGGAUCUGUGUACAAGGACGGCACUCCUCUGCCAGACUACCAGAUUGCUCACAUGAUGAUUGCUCUCCUGAUGGCCGGCCAACACUCGUCUUCGACCAGCAGUGCCUGGAUCGUCUUGAACUUGGCCACCCGUCCUGAAAUCAUUGAGGAGCUCUACCAGGAGCAGAUCAACGUUCUUGGCGCCGACCUGCCGGACCUCACGUACGAGAAUCUGCAGACACUGCCCCUGAACGCGCAGGUCAUCAAGGAGACCUUGCGUCUGCACUCGCCCAUCCACUCCAUCAUGCGCAAAGUCAAGUCGCCCCUGCACGUCGAAGGCACGCCCUACACGAUCCCGACAUCGCACUCUGUCAUUGCCUCCCCCGGCAUCUCCGCCCGCGACGCCGAACACUUCCCCAACCCCGAAACCUGGGAACCCCACCGCUGGGACCCCAAGGAGGGCGACUCCAAGCCCGAGGAGGAAGAGGAAACCGAAGACUACGGAUACGGCCUCGUCUCCAAGGGCGCAAAGAGCCCUUACUUGCCCUUUGGCGCCGGCCGCCAUCGGUGCAUUGGCGAACAGUUUGCCUAUGUCCAGCUCGGCGCCAUCCUUGCCACGCUUGUUCGCCUCUUUAAGCUUUCAAAUCCCGACGGUGUCAAGGGCAUUCCUGAUACUGACUUUUCUUCCCUCUUCUCCAAGCCCGCUCAUCCGGCCAUCGUCCGCUGGGAAAAGCGCGGAACCAAGGCUUGA